AUUUGCUCCUCUGACUUUUUUUUUUUUUUUUUCCGAUCAUCUCUUCAACUACCUCUCUGGUUUUCUACACUUUAGCCUUGGUUGCUGUCAUGCUAAUGUCAAACAAUUGCUCAUCUUGUUAUAAAACCUGACGGAUGCCUCAAUUUCGAUCAAACAUUCAUGAACAUAAGCUUUCCGCAAAAUCCAUUAUGACGAUUCUUUUUAAAUAAUUGAAUAACAUGUCUCGUAUGGAGUAAAAUUUAGUGUUGUCAGAGCGAUAUAAAGAUGUAUGCAAUUCAUAGGACUUUAAGAGAACUCAGUUUCUUCCCCCGUCAUAUGGGAAGUGAGCAGGUGAUGGGCGCCAUUGCGUGUCCUUUUGUUGCUCGAUUGUGACAUUUGCUUCUUCAUGUGAUAAAAGAUGGAGCACACAAAGGUUAUUCUUAACAAUGUAUGAGACGCAAAAGUCGCUCUCCAACUCCAAGACGUCGUAAAAGUCGCUCUCCAACCCCAAGACGUCGUAAAAGUCGUUCUCCAACUCCAAGGCGUCGUAAAAGUCGCUCUCCAACUCCAAAACGUCGGAAAAGUCGCUCUCCAAUUUUGAAACGUUAUAAGAGGCAGAGAAGUAGGAGCUCUUCAUUGUCUCCUGUUCACAAAACUCCUACUUCAAGUCUCGGAUCAUUGGAGAAGAAAAAUGCAAGUGAAAAAUUAAGAAAGGAAGAGGAAGAACAGAAGAAAAGGCGACAACAUGAAGCAGAAUUGAAGCUCAUAGAAGAAGAGACCUCAAAAAGAGUGGAAGAAGCAAUUCAGCGGAAAGUUGAGGAGAGCUUGAAUUCUGAGGAGAUUAAAGUAGAAAUACAGACGCGGAUGGAGGAGGGACGAAAGAAGCUUCUAAAUGAAGUUGCGGCUCAACUUGAGAAGGAAAAGGAAGCAGCUAUUAUUGAGGCUAGACAUAAGGAGGAACAAGACCAGAAAGAGAAAGAAGAGCUAGAAGGGAUGCUUGAAGAGACUCGGAGAAGGGUAGAAGAAGCUCAAAGAAGGGAAGCUUUGGAGCAGCAGAGGAGGGAGGAGGAGCGGUACAGAGAGCUAGAAGAGCUCCAGAGACAAAAGGAAGAGGCGAUGCGAAGGAAGAAACAAGAGGAGGAGGAACAACGGUCUAACCAAAUGAAGCUGUUGGGUAAGAACAAAUCCCGGCCAAAAUUGUCAUUUGCACUUGGAUCCAAAUAGACAAUUUGUAUUGAACUUAUGUCCUUAGAGCCGAUUGCAUUUGUGUACUAAGAAUCUGAGAACAUUUGAUCAAAACAGUUUUUGGUUUAUAAUGUAAUCAGUUCUCAAUUGUUUGCGUC